AACCCAUUCCAAUAUAUCUACUUUUGUAAUGUUACAAUGAACAUUUUAGGAAAUGCAUUCCAACACGAGCAAAUGAAGUUAAAGAAUCUGUAAUAGUAGCGCUGACAACACAGAUGCGCCGCCUAUAUUAGACGAUUGAAUAUAUAUCGAUUAAAGGAGAAAGACAUCCCGGGACACACUUUCGCUUUUUGAUUUUGUGCAACCUUGUUUUAUACAUUUAUUUAGUUGUUGCUAUCAUCAUUUCCUAAAUCGUUCGCGUCCGAAAGAAAGCAAAUGCUUACUUCAUUGCAAUGUCCCGCGAUGUUGACGGGUUUAUUUUUAGUCGGAAACCGCUGCUGGACUGAAGGUCCCGCCCACGCGCGGCGCGGCUCGGCUCGGCUCGGCUGCUGUGUGUGCAUCAGACAGACAGACACCGAGUGACUUCAACGAGGAGGAUCUCACUACUGCAGUCUGAAACCAUGGCAGAGGAAGUAAGACACCUCUUUGGGAAUAGCACGUUUUUCCAUGGACUUCUACCUCUCCUGGGGCUUCUCUUGAGCGUCUGCACUGGUGUGUGGGCCAACAAGGUUGUGGUUCCUGAGCAGGUGACUGCGGUGCUGGGGAAAAACGUUACUUUGACCUGCAGGGUGGAGGUCAGCACAAACCUCAGUCUGACCCAGAGUUCCUGGGAACGCCGUCUGCCCUCCGGCACUGUAACUUUGGCUGUCUUCAACCCCCAGUACGGGACUUCCAUAGCUGACGAGUACAGCAAACGUGUGCAUUUCAUCAAGACCUCAGUGCGUGAUGUAUCCAUUGUCCUGCAGGGCGUUGGGUUUGCAGACAUUGGGACCUACACUUGUAAAGUUGUCACGUUCCAACUUGGAAACAUGCAAGCAUCCACAACUGUAGACAUUAUGGUGGAGCCAAAGGUCUAUGUGUCUCCUGGUUCCUUGUCUCUGUUUGAUGGAGAUGGUGAAACUCUGGUGGCCAUAUGUACAGCUGAAAGGGGUCGUCCAGCAGCAGAGGUCUUCUGGGAAUCAGACUUGCCAGGCCAGUCAAAAGUCGUCAAACAGCCAGAGCCUGAAGGCACUAUCACCACCUCAGCAGACUACGUCUGGGCCCCCACCCGGGAUGCAUUUGGCCAGUCCCUCAGCUGCGUUGUACGUCACCCGGCCCUAUCCCAGGAUUUCCGCAUUCCCUACCGGCUCAAUGUGUUUUUUGCUCCAGAUGUUAUGGUGAAUGGCCUGCAGGACGUGUGGUACGUGGGACAAAAAAAUGUAAAGCUGGACUGUAGAGCCAAUGCCAACCCACCUGCUUUUUUGUACCUCUGGACCAGACUGGACGCCCCAAUGCCUGCAGGUGUGGACACAUCUAAUGGCAGCCUGGUGUUUACUCACCCUUUAGAGCCGAACGACUCUGGACAAUACAGGUGUGAAGUUCAGAACGAAGUUAGACAGCACUUUAAGGAUGUACGCUUCCUGGUAAAAGAGCCGCCCCCGACCACUGCAGCCCCCACCACCACCCGCACCACCAAGCCCAUCCUUCCUGACACCACCUUGACCAUCACAGCUCCCAUCAACCACCAUGCCCACUUCACCUCCCCGACUCAGGCCUCCCCGCCGGACAGCGGUCUGGGCACUAUCGUGGGCGGUGCUGUCGGUGGGAUCCUGAUCCUGGUGUUGCUGAUGGCGCUGGCGGGGGCUUUCUACAUGCGUCAGCGCCGAACAUUCAGAGGAGACUACUACACCAAACAGUACAUCGGCCCAUCCGACAUGCAAAAAGAGUCGCAACUGGACGUCAUUCAACCCCAUGAGCUUCAGGACAUUUACGGCGACGACUCGGGCAACGGAAGCCAAGACUUGAAGCCCAAACCCGAAGGAGACAUUAUCUAUCCCGAUUAUCCCAGUGACCACAAAGACAUGGAGGGCUGGGGAGACAAUCUCAGCCUUCAGAGAGAGGGAACAUAUUACUCCGACCACCACAACCAUCAUAACGUGAACCCCAGUGGGCCGCCGCUACACAACGGCUCCCCUUACCUGCAGGACGAGUGCUACGACAACGGCACGGACAGCGACUAUGUGUCUCACGUGGAUGGAUCUGUGAUUUCACGCAGGGAAUGGUAUGUUUGAAAAGGCAGGGGAACUUUUACUGGACAACAAUAAUUUUAAAUCAGUAAGAAAGUGUUAUUUAACUCAGCAGAGUGAGAUAAAGUGUAUGUUAUAAACAUAUUCUUCAUGCUUGGUUUACGAUUUCAUCGGCUGUAAUUUACUGCAGAUAUGUUCUGGAUGGUUUUCGUUCGGUGGACUGCUGUGACUUCAGGAUGUAAAGGGAGAGGUUUACAUGGUUUAUGAUCAUAGGGUGGAUUAACACAAAGAAAACAAGUCUGCUAAAAUUAAGCUACACUGUGUGCGUAACCAUUCAAGUUACCACACUGUACAUGACUGUUAGCUUUAAAACCAGGUGCAGCGUAUUCUUGGUUCUUUCCACUCACUUUGUUUUCUUUUUUUUAUUAAAUGUAUACAUAUGACUUCUCCUGUGUAGGAGCAAAACAUGACUUUAUUUUCACAUGAAAAGACACAUGAACUGAGUUGGAAAGUCUUGAGUCUUACGUUUUUAUUGCAGGGAUUUUUUUUUUUUUUUAUCAGUAUUUUGAUCUAGUUUUUUGAGAAAAAAAAUAUCUACAUUUAUUAGAAUAUAUUAAUAAUUUAAUAAAUAAUUUAAAUAUCUUUAAGAGAAGCAAACAUGGCCUAAGAUAGCAUAUGUUGGUGUUCCAUUAAAAAUAAAGUUUUUGUAUGUAUAGUUAUUGCUAUUGUUGUUAUUGUCAUUAUUUUAAGCAUAAAA